GAGACGAGGCUGCGUGAGCCGCGCCAGGUUUCGGAAGCAUCGUGACGACGACGUCCGUCACUCCUCGUCUCGGCACUUGGACACGCCACGCGAGCGAAGCCGAGCCUCACGCAAAACUGGUUCCUCUUCCUCCGUGCGUGCGCCCGCGGUUUUCUUCCCAGCGAAAGCCUCCUCAAGCAACCGCUCCCCCCGAUCCACCUCCACCAAACCCCGCGCUCCUCACCAGACCAGGGCGCUUCAGUCGUGGAGGGGAUGCUGCUGAUGGCCGCGCCCGCCGCCGCCGACCAGCACCAGAGGCGCCGCCGGGGACGGCCGCCGUGCGCCGAUCUGCUCCUCAACUGCGACCUGCCCCCUCCCUCCAAGCUCUUCGGCCCGUUCCCGGCCCUGCACCCGCAGAGGGAAAGGCUGGAGAGCGCGGGCGGGACCGACGAGAAGGGCGGCGGCGGCGGCAAGGACGUCCUGCUGCAGGCGCUGCGCCUGUCGCAGUCGCGGGCGCGGGAGGCGGAGGAGAAGCUGGCCGCCGCGGCCGCCAGCAGCGGAGGCCUCGCGGCGCUGCUCGUGCGGGACUCCGUGGCGCUCUCGGCGCACCGCCGGUGGGUGAUGAUGCUGGAGGCCGAGAACUCCGCGCUCAGGGCAGGAGGAGGAGGAGGAGGAGCCGCCGGCACGGAGCCCGACGAGGAGGAUGGCGCGGGGGCCGCCCGGCACCCGGUGGCCGCCGCGUGGUGGGUCGCGCUGGCGGUGUGCGUCGGCCUCGCGCUCGGCAACCUCCUGCUCUCAAACUGAUCGUCCUUGAUUUGAUUCGGUUUUUGUCAAUCACCCGACGAUCCAGUGCAGUGCUCCAGCGCUUGUUUGUGUGAAAAUGUUACUAACAUCUACUCCUGUCGAUGCUUAGCAUGGGAAACCUCGUGCUGUUGUAGAUAAGAUAAACGGACGAAAUCAAGAGGGGAAACCUCGGGGGAUUGGUAGAUUGAACAUGACGCUGCCGUGUCCGUCUCUGCACGCUAUCACCAGAUUCGUGCCAGUGACUUGUAUGUUAGUGAGUUGUGUAAUUUAGCCUGGUCUGGAUGUCUGGGAUGCCUUCAAGUCGUGUUCAA